AUGUCUCUUCACUACCUCCCACCAGUUAAGCCAUCGGCUAUUGCCCUCGGUACCAUCUUCAACCACGCUGCAUCCCUUGCUGUCCUCGGCCCAGUCUUUGGCGAAACCUACCACAGAGCUCAAGCUGCCAACUCCAAGGAGGAAUUUGUCAAGUCAAAGGAGGCUGCUUCCGCCGCUGCUGCAUGGGGAACUUCCCUCGUCGGUAGCGCCGUCCAAUCAUAUGGUGUUGGUGCUUUGAUCAAUGCCACCGGUACCCUCUCAUACAAGGGUGCUGCAUACUUGGGAUCCUUGAUCUUCAUGGCUUCAUCUGCUCCAUCUUUCAUUGCACAAAUCACCACUGAGAAGCGACCACUCGACACUGUUGCCGUUGGAGCUCUCGCUCGCGUCUUCGAGACUGUCGGUCUCUCUCUCUUCCUCACCUGGUGGGGAACCCGCACCAACCCAUUCGAGUAA